AUGAAACGCUUUCUUCGAACAGCGCUCGUGUUUGCGAGAUUUCUGUUCCUGAUCUCGUUGCCACUUGCAGUUACAAUGAAACAAGAAUACUGCAUGCCUGAGGAUUACACAAACCUGGCGAUUCCUUUUCGCAUGGUGUAUGAAGGUAAGAUUAAUCAAGGGAAGUCCUUGCAUGUAUUUGCUUCUAAUUUAUAGAGCUGUUUUUAUAUAUCAGUUUUUUAAUGGUUCCAUGUCAUUUCUGCAGCAAUUUUAGUUAUCUAUAAACGUUUUUAUUUGCCUAAUAAAUCAUUUUUCGUCGUUGUAGAUGUUUGCCCUUUGAUAGAAAAUAUUUUGUCUGAAGCGACCUAUGAUUUCAAGAAUCAUUGUGCCAUGAAGUGUUUGCAAUAUCCAUUCUGUGCUGGAUACAAUUUUAAGAAAAAGCCGCAGAGAAAGACUCCAAACUGCCAGUUAACACACACGCUGGAUCACAACUUUCAUCAUUGCAACGCUGAUGACAAAGGCUGGAUAUUUUAUCAACCCGUUGCUCCAAGAAAGGUACGAAACUGCAGUAAAAUAUAUACUUAAUAAACUUUGCCUGAAUUAACUUAUUAAUUUAUAUACGCUGAAUUAGCUUAUUUGUGCCCAAGCAACUAUAGUGAAAAAGAUGCAUGAGAAUGUUGCGAUCUUCACAAUUAUAUAUAUAUAUAUAUAUAUAUAUAUAUAUAUAUAUAUAUAUAUAUAUAUAUAUAUAUAUAUAUAUAUAUAUAUAUAUAUAUAUAUGUAUAUAUAUAUAUAUAUAUAUAUAUAUAUGUACGAGUUAUAAACCGAGUAGGAGGUUUAUAACUGAUAUAUUGACCCGAGGACGCGUAGCGUCCGAGGGGCAAUAUAUCAGUUAUAAACCGACUUUCCAGGUUUAUAACUAACUUAUAUCACACUUGCGGAGGUUUUCCAACAUAUUUUGUCAUUUUCAAAAAUUUUUAAUGAAAAAUUCUCGCGUUUUGUCUACAAGUUUAAUCUAAUCAUUUAUUCAAGGUAUAUAAGCUAGUUAUAAACCUCGAACGAACAAAGAAAACGGACGAAAGUGUGAUAUAAAUAUAUAUAUAUAUAUAUAUAUAUAUAUAUAUAUAUAUAUAUAUAUAUAUAUAUAUAUAUAUAUAUAUAUAUAUAUAUAUAUAUAUAUACACACACAAGUAUCGAGUUUGGAAUCAUAUAUGAGUAGAGUGCUCAAUACCGUAGUAGCCGCUGAUAAGAUUAGAAGACAAACUUGAAUUACUUCAUAUGAACUUUAUUUCACUACAAAUUUGUUUCGUAUGACAAGAAGAGUCUUGCCACACUCAUCAGGUGAAUUUAAAUAACGUUAUUUAAAUUCACCUGAUGAGUGUGGCAAGACUCGUCUUGUCAUACGAAACAAAUUUGUAGUGAAAUAAAGUUCAUAUGAAGUAAUUCAAGUUUGUCUUCUAAUCUUAUAUAUAUAUAUAUAUAUAUAUAUAUAUAUAUAUAUAUAUAUAUAUAUAUAUAUAUAUAUAUAUAUAUAUAUAUAUAUAUAUAUAUAUAUAUAUAUAUAUAUAUAUAUAUAUAUAUAUAUAUAUAUAUAUAUAUAUAUAUAUAUAUAUAUAUUAUAUAUAUAUGAAUUAUAAUUAAAAAAAAUUUGGCAGAACUCGCAUGCAAGUUUAGAAACUACUCUUUUCCAAGUUUGUGUUAAAAUAAAGAAUGUAUAAAGAGAAGAAAAAUAUACAAAAGGCAACAAGAUAUAUGCUGCUGAAUUCUGAAACCCUUUAAGUAUAGGUUAUUUUAGUUGAAACUUGUUUACAUUAUAGAGCUUUUGUCAUAAAAUUUAAUAAUUUAUAGUUGUAUACGAAUGUUGUGCGCCCGGUAAUUUCCUUAAGGAGUUCGGUAAUUUCCCAAAAUGUACGCAAAUACGAAAUAAUUACAAAAAUUUCGAACAUACAGCAUGCGAGUGACGACGUAGGCGUCCGGUAAUUUCCGUAAGGAAUUCAGUAAUUUCCCUAAAUGUACGCAAAUACGAAAUAAUUACAAAAAUCUCAACUAAAGUUGUAAGCAGAUUACAUGCGACAGUUUUAGGCAAAAGUUGUGUAGUGUAAAAUCGGCCUAUAUAUAGAAAGGUUUCGAGUCCAAUUUGAACACGUCCUUUGGACUCGAUUACAUUUAUGAGAAAAUUGAAAACUUUUGAUACACUAUUGCAUCAUUUUAGCCCAUAGUUCCGAAAAUAUUUUUAAUGAAAAAAGUUAGCUAUAUUUUAAGGACAUCCUCUGCAGUAUAUAUUAUAAUUUAAAACUCGUAGUCUCAUUUAAAAAUAUAGGACCAAUUAUUAUAGUUAACUUGUGAUGUUAUUCAGUGUUAUUUCAGCUUAAGCUGAGUUCCUCUUAGUUUAUUGUGAGCUGAAUUCUAACACAUUGCCUUCACAGGUUCCAUGUCAUAAAAUGAAGAAUUGUAAAAAUGGGGGAAAGACGAUCAUAUAUCUUAAAGAUGGACCUGAUUCUGAUCCUUACAGGUGUGAGUGUCUAAAAGGAUUCAGUGGAAAUCUCUGCCAAAUUGGUGAGUUGUUAAAGAAAAAGAUUACUGUGCAAGAUAAAGAUGAAAUAGAAUGAGAAUCCAAAGUUGCUGCAACAAGAACUCAUAUCAAGCCAUGCUAAAAGUAUUUACGCAUGUUCGCAAUUAUAGCAUUCGUUGAAUACAACUUUUGUUGCAAGUGCAGCAAUUUUGUUUCCUGUAUUACUUCGCCUUAAAUAAUUUAUUAUUUUGCUGCCGAGGUGUGUUGGAUUCUUUAUCUAUGUAUAGACAGAUAAGGGUACGAACUUGAGUCCAGUUUGGAAAAACACUCAAAAUUUCAUGAGUCGGAAUUAAGGAUGAAAACUCACGAGGAUCUUGCAACAAUUUUGUUUUUUAGAGCUGACUUGAAAUUUUUUGGGACUUAAUUUUUACAUUUUUUUAAUGUCUUGGAUAUAAUGCAUUAAAAUACAAUGGAUAAAAAAUGUAUUGACCAGAAUUUCAUCAUGUUUCUUAUUUUCAUUUAGUCCCGACACUUUCUGAUUCCGCCAUAUUAUCUGGAGAACCAGCUGACUUUCUGACAAGAUUAACUUCAUGGACCGGAAACACACAAAGCACUAAUUGGACGCUGUGUUGGCGUGCAACUAAGCAUGGAUGGGCAGCCAGGACCUUUCAUGGAAACUGUGAUUACAAGAAACCAACCGUGACGAUAAUAAAAGUUGGUAACUUCAUCUUCGGUGGUUAUGCUACGGAGUCUUGGGAAGGUGAAGGUAUACAAUAGUUUUUUAUAUUUACUAUCAGUUUUCAAUGCCAGAGUCGUUGCUUGGAGAUAUGCCUGCAUGCAGGUGCAUUUAAGCGUAUAUAGAUAUACUCUAAAAGUAAAUUCUAUAAUUAAUUAAGUCCGGGCAGAGUUUGAACAAUCCAUUUUCGGAAUACAUUUUUAAACAGAUGGGUUUGUAAUCCAAGUGAGAAUAUAUACAUUUUAAGACAUAACCAGGAACGACUGCGAAAAAUGCAGCGUAAGGUCCUCUGGUAGGAAUUGAACCUACGGCCCUGCGAUUCCGGUGCAGCGCUCUGACCAACUGAGCUACAGAGGCCAGCUGUUGAGCUGUAACCGUAGUUCAUCUCGCAGGGCCGUAGGUUCAAUUCCUACCAGAGGACCUUGCGCUGCAUUUUUCGCAGUCGUUCCUGGUUAUAGGUCUUAAAAUGUAUAUAUUCUCACUUGGAUUACAAACCCUAACAUUCUAAUAUUAAUUCCACCAAGUGAAGUGCAGUAAUCCAAAUUAUUGAAGUCCAUUAUUGAAGUCCAUUGUGCGGUAAUCCAAAUUAUUGAAGUCCAUUGUGCGACAGUAGCCUACGUGUGUAAAUAAAUAAUUUUAUGCAAUAAAAAUAAUUAACUUCGAGAACGAAUGUGUGCGUGUUGUUUAUGUAUAUAUUAAUUAUAUUCAUAUUAGUUAUUAUGCAGGUUUACCGAGAUUAUUUAAGCCGUGGAGCUCACAGGUAUAGCUCAUUGCUUGCAGACCUUCAAGUUCACAACGUUGUCUCUCCUUUACAAUGCCGAGAUUAACAAAUUAAUAGCUUAGCUGGUUUAGUCUAGGUUCAACAAAUUCGUUGGGUACUUCGUUGUUGAUGGCUGUUUCGUUUCGGUCCACCGUUGGUCAUUCUUCGGAGAGCAUUGUCUUAUGUCGACUUGGUUAUUUUUCCCCAAGUUCCUCUACUGCUUUGAUUUCAGUGGUCGAAGCUUCGUUGUGCUCGACAGUUUGUUUUCCCGCUCCCUUGGUCGUUCCUGCCUCACAGUGUUCCCUCGCUGGCUCUUCGGUUCGUUGUCUACGCGUCUGCUGCGGUGCCUAUCAGCAAUAGCUUUUUGUCGCCGAUUCCAUCGUUCAAUGCCACUGCUUUCCCACCUCUAUUCCUGCCUCUAUACCUGCCUCAUCCCCCCCUGGCCGGUUUCCAGCUUACAGCAUCGACCUACAUUGCUACCACAAGCGUCACAACCAAUGUUUUCAUACGUGUCUCCUUCGUCCUUGUUUUUCUGGCCGCCAUCUUGUCACCUUGGCCCAGUCCCUUUUAGUACGGCUCAGUCAUUACAUCCCAUCCAUCAGCAGGCGCCGCUAAAUUCCAUCCUCCAGCAGGCGACGCUCAAUCCUAUCCUACAGCCGCCCUUGACUCCCUUCUACCACUGAGCAGGGGCUAGUAAAUCCCAUCCUUCCGCAGGCGCUCCCGAAUCCCGUUCAUUAGCAGGCUUUAGGCCUUACGCAGAGCUCUGGCUUGCCAUUAACCACGCCAGCUGCCGCUAACAGUCAGCUUAUGGGGCUGCAACGUGCAGGUUUGUGGGAGACGUCAGGUAUGUCGGGGCAGGUUCCACUUUUGGUGUGUUACUAUUACCGUCUAUUUUUGCUGUGUUGCUAUGUACUUCUUUAUUGACAUGGUACUAAGGUACUUGGCGUGCUACUUAGCGGUAAUGUUUGUAUUUACGUUAACUUUGUUUGUAUUAUACCAUUGGUUUUGCAGCUUAUUGCCCGUUAUUUCUUUAGCUCAAGUACCUGUAGGGGUUAAUACCCCUGUGGCGGCCGUUACUCCACUCGUCCUCACCGAAUUUCGGCAGGGUACUCAUCGGGUUUCCGCCUAGCUUCCUCAAUUACGUGUUUCGUGGGAUCCCGGACGGUUAGUCUGAGUUACGCUUGGGGGUUGGGAACGCCUUUGGAGGGGGUUCGUGCCUCGAAUCCCUUCUCCAGCUGCGCUGGAGGAUGGCGUUGGAGAGGUGAAUUCUCGGCAUCAUUGGGAUUUGCCAAGCCGGGAUAGUCGUUGGUCGGUAGCUUGAGUACCUACUUGACAGCCAAAUUGACUUCAGUUCGUGGUUGCAGCCUUGCUAAACGUAGCGUGCAUCCUCUCCAACAGAGCUAUACCCUCCAAUAGAUCUGCCGUGUUUAGGUCAUGUGCUAUUACUCUAUAUGCUCUUGCUAUUUGUUCACUGAGUGAUCGCAUGUUAAAUGAUUUUAUGCAAUAAAAAUAAUUAACUUCGAGAACGAAUGUGUGCGUGUUGUUUAUGUAUAUAUUAAUUAUAUAUUCAUAUUAGUUAUUAUGCAGGUUUACCGAGAUUAUUUAAGCCGUGGAGCUCACAGGUAUAGCUCAUUGCUUGCAGACCUUCAAGUUCACAACGUCCCCACCCACCCUCCCCCUUUUUUUUGGGAGGUCAUUGCUUGUUCGCACCGGUUUUCUUGGGGGGUGCUGCUGGUGCUAACCCGCUUGCUGGGAGUGUCUGCCUGUUACAUUCUAUGCUUUCAGUUAUUGCAAACCAGCGGCAGUGUGGGUAAAAAAUAUUAGUAUCAGCGUUUCCUGGUCGCUGCUGACCAGAGGUGCCUGUAUCUGUACUGCUUAUGUUGGCUUCUAUGGGUUGCUUUACAUUUUAUGCUUUCAGUUAAUGCAAACCAGCGGAGGUCUGGGUAAAUAUUAGUAUCAGCGUUUCCUGGUCGCUGCUGACCGGAAGUGCCUGUAUGGUUAAUUGGAGUACUGUAAUGUAUUGUUUUGGCCGACAAUCAAGGCGCACCCCUGGGUAGCUUAUUGUGUUCAGUCACUUUUCUUUGUUCUCGUAGUCUAUGUAAUACUUGCGUUUUAUGUUGUUACGUCUCGUGUUUUUGGGGUGCGCUGUCGAUUACGCCAAUUGUUGUCCUGUUGCUUAUUUUUUCGUUGUGCUUGCUUGCCGCGCCCGCUCGCGGGCAUACCUCCAGCUAUUCUGGAUGAUUAUCCCCUUGUUACUCAAAUUGGUUUUAACACUAAUCUGCUUUUUUGUAGUCACGUCCUGCGUUGCAGAGCUUUUCAUUCUUUUCAGCUAUGAUAUUGUUAUCUUUGCUUUGUCAGGGAGUAUUAUUUAUUGUUUGGUGUUGUAUGUUCCGUCCCUUGGGUAAGUAUUUGUGUGUUUUUUGUUCGUUUUUGUAUUCCGGUUUCCACUUUGUGUGACAAUAGUUCUGUCUUUGGAGAGGUGAAUUCUCGGCAUCAUUGGGAUUUGCCAAGCCGGGAUAGUCGUUGGUCGGUAGCUUGAGUACCUACUUGACAGCCAAAUUGACUUCAGUUCGUGGUUGCAGCCUUGCUAAACGUAGCGUGCAUCCUCUCCAACAGAGCUAUACCCUCCAAUAGAACUGCCGUGUUUAGGUCAUGUGCUAUUACUCUAUAUGCUCUUGCUAUUUGUUCACUGAGUGAUCGCAUGUUAAAUAAAGAUAGUGUUUUACAGAGAUUUCGAGCACUGAUAAAAAUGAUAAUCUCACAUGUGAAAUUAUUCAUGAUAAUCUCACAUGUGAAAAUUAUCGCCUUUUCAAUUAUCGCUUUUCUGUAAAAAUUAUCGCUUAAGCCUUUUCAUUUAAGACUGUCCUUUAUAUAAUAAACAGAAAAAUACAUGGGUGGUUGGAAAUACCAGAUUUAUUUUUCGUGUUGAACAUGACAUAUCUCACUCGUUCGCUGCGCUCACUUGUUCGCUGCACACUCAUGUUCAACACUCGAAAUAAAUCUGGUAUUUCGUGCACCCAUGCAUUAUUCUCUAUUUAAACUACAACUUGACUGGUUUAAAUAUUAUCAAGUUAUCAGUGAUUGUAAAAGUAGCAGAUAGAAGUGUUUUGUUUUAUAUUAUUAUCAAGUUAUCAGUGAUCGCAAAACCUCCAAAUACUUAAUUUCAAAUGUUAGAAUGUUAGGGUUUGUAAUCCAAGUGAGAAUAUAUACAUUUUAAGACCUAACUAGGAACGACUGCGAAAAAUGCAGCACAAGGUCCUCUGGUAGGAAUUGAACCUACGGCCCUGCGAUUCCGGUGCAGCGCUCUAACCAACUGAGCUACAGAGGCCAGCUGUUGAGCUUUAACCGUAAGUUCAUGUAUAUUUAGGUAAUCGGGUGUGCGGGUUAUGAUAAUGUGGACUUCAACAAUUUGAAUUCUUGCACUUCACUUGGUGGACUUAAUAUUAGAAUGUUAGGGUUUGUAAUCCAAGUGAGAAUAUAUACAUUUUAAGACCUAACCAGGAACGACUGCGAAAAAUGCAGCACAAGGUCCUCUGGUAGGAAUUGAACCUACGGCCCUGCGAUUCCGGUGCAGCGCUCUAACCAACUGAGCUACAGAGACCAGCUGUUGAGCUUUAACCGUAAGUUCACGUAUAUUUAGGUAAUUGGGUGUGCGGGUUGUGAUAAGGUGGACUUCAAUAAUUUGGAUUCUUGCACUUCACUUGGUGGAAUUAAAAUUAGAAUGUUAGGGUUUGUAAUGCAAGUGAGAAUAUAUACAUUUGUAUAUUCUCACAUGGAUUACAAACUAUUCUCAUUUGGAUUACAAAAUAUAUACCCAAAAUAUAUAUACAUGUACUAUACAUUUGUAUAUUCUCACUAGGAUUACAAAAUAUUCUCACUUGGAUUACAAAAUAUAGACAUGUAUAUAUUCUCACUUGGAUUACAAACCCUACCAUUCUAAUAUUAAUUCCACAAGUGAAGUGCAAGAAUCCAAAUUAUUAAUUUCAAAUGCCCCGCCGGGGCUAAGGCCUAAGGUUUGAGUGGAAAUGCCCAACCCCCGGGAUGUGCUUUACAGGAAAAUGGCUGGGCGAGGGGGAUGGGCACACUUGGAUUUGGCUGAUGCAUUAUAAAAGUCCUGUGCUUAUUUCAGACUGCUUGUCAAAUAUUUACUUGCUAGAAGUAGAAAUUUACUCUGACCACUGGAUGAAGAAGACAUUAAAUAAGUACAGUACUGGUCAAUAAACAGAAAUGUAUUUUAUUUCAUAGUAUUACAAUUUUAUUUUUAUACUAUAAAAAUAAAAUAUAAACAUGCAGCAUAGAAUAUGCAAAUUGGAGGCAAAAUUAUUGUUGAAUCGGUUUAUUUAUAGGAUUUUAUAACAAAUAGCAACUAUAAAAGUUUAUACCUUGUCUUCACAUCGCUUUAUUCUGUUAGCCAAUGCUUUUAAAUUUACAUAUUUUAGAAUCAGUUCCUUUCCUGGUAUAACUGCAUUUCUAAAUGAAAUCAUCGUGAGUAGUGAGUGCUGAGCAGGCCGUUUUACUAUAAACAAAUUUUAGGAAUUGAUAACAACUUUGAAAAAUAUAUCGUUGCACAUUCGGUUACAGUCGGAAAAAUGUUCAUAGUAUGUUGUACCGUCGCUUGCACCUAACGAUGAACAGUCGCUCAUAAAAACAUUCGCGUGAUUAGAAUCUCCAAUGUUUGUCAAGAACAACAACCUUAUUCUAUGACAACAACACUUAAUUGUUGUUUCCCAUGUGUACAAUAAUAAGUAAAAAAAACUUUGUGUGGUCUGAACGAGUUGGGCCAGAGACCUGCUGGAAACCUUUACAGGCUUUUUAAUGAGAAUAGAGAAUGUUUUAUCUGCAACUGUUCACCUUUAGUUGCAACCGACGGUAUUUGGCAGCAUAAAAUUGCCUGUGGCUGUGAUAACUGAUAUAAAUAAAAUACAUUCUGGUUAAACUGACUUGAGCGUGUCAUGACAAACUCUUUAUUGGAAAAUUGUGAAGAAAUAGUCGAAUAUAUAGGGUCGAAUAUCAUCUUUCGCUUCAGCAGUCUUUUUUUUCCAUGCUUCUUUACGCUUUCCCAGGCGAGCUUCUUUUUCCUCAGCAGUCUCCUCGAGCAAACGUUGUCGUCUUCGCUCCCUCCUUUUCGCUAGACGUUCGGCUUUCUUGUCAUUCCUAGCCUCUCUUCAUUUGGCUCCAUAUCUUUUCAAUUGGUAUUUAAUACCGUAAUUGUUUUAUUAAACUUUUUAUAGAACAAAUUGCUUUGAAAGCUGUCAAAGUUUUUUGCAAACGUACAAAAUACUGUAGUGUAAAAAGCAAAUUAUUUUCAUGAAGUAUCUGUCAGUUGAAGUCGUCAUUUGUCAUACAACAACAAAUUUUAAAUUUGACCAAUCAGUGUUCGCUAUCCAUGACAGUCCGCCAUAUUUUUGAGAUCAGUGAGGAUGACCACCCACUCAAGGUUCGUUGGUCACGCCCGCGAUAUUUGAUGAACUUUAGACUUGGCUAAUGCUUUCGUUUCCCCGGGUGUAAAUAGCCGGGGGGAAUUAGUACCCUCGCACAGCGCUUCGCGCCGCCAGCUCGGGGAAUAUGCUAAUUUUAAGGUUACAGGAUACCCUAGACAUGCCUUUCGGGAGAUCCGCUGUAACUCGAUCAAUUUUAAUCCAAAUUCCAUCAAAUUUUCACCAAAUGUAGUUAGAUAAAUGUAGUAUAAGAUGUUCUUAUCAUAUGUACGAAAGAAUAAAUACUUAUUCAGAUAUUUGCCGAAGUCUAAAAACGCGGUACUUCUGCGCCGUGAAGUUAGUUAGACGCCGGUUUUACUCAAAUCCUAUAAAAAUAUCAAUUUUACUCUUCUCAAAGGUUGUUCUAAAAAACGGUGUUCGCGUUUUGUCGUUGCUAUAGGGGUUCAUGAGUUACGGCAUAUUCAUUCCAGACAUAUGCUAUAUUGCAACUAAUUGACAACAAAAAGCUUGUAACUUGCUUAUUAUUUGAAUAAAAAACUCGCGCGCACACCGUUUUGUAGCUGAAAUAUGUACCUAUGCUGUGUGGAAAUUUGACAAAAAUCGGUUAAAACGCACGCUUAACAAACUUUAUUUAGUGCGUAUAUUCGACUCAAAAUUCAAGUGCCUCAAAAAGCGCUUUGAAAAUUUCGCGGGUUUUCUUUCAGUGUAAUCAGGUACUGCGCCUACUGUGACGUACUGUCAUUAUAAAGUUAAUCCGAUGACAGAUAACGUUUGCGGCAAGACCACAAUAUAUAAUCAAGUCAUGCCUAAACGAAAAGGAAGACAAACCAACGCGCCACAAAUAUAAGCGCAGAAUCUCAAAAGCGGCAAAAAUGCAGAACGAUAGAGUUCAGCUGAUGGCGAUGUGGACCACAAAGAAAAACUAAUGGCAACGAUGAAAGAUAAAGUCUUAAAGGGUAAGGAAACUUAGUUUAUCGCAUUUUGAUCCAACGAUAUUUUGCUAGUUGACGUUAUAGAAAGCCAUGCAUUUGUUCUCUCUCUUCAUGCAGUUACGAUGGAGCAAACUUUAUCAAGAAUAUUGAGGCUCAUGGUGUUGAAGAUUGGCUAAAGAAGCGUGGUAAACCUCCUAGAAUUGUACGGUAUUUUUUUAUUGUGGAUAGGCACACGCGCUGAUCGUAACUUUACAAUCACUGAGUUAUAUACAUAAUUGCACCUGGUUCGCUGGAUUUUUGCACAAUUUGCGUUUUUAGUACGCCGCGCAUCGUAUUGUUUUUGGAAAUAAAAGGCUUUAUUGUAAAAUGUCAUUAAAUUUUCGUUCAUUUAUAGAAACAGGGAAUCGGUCCCAAGGAUGCGGCUUAUGGAUAUCCUGUCGAAGUACUAAAUUUCCUGACCGAUAUCGCGGUGAUGUAAAAGGAGAGAAAGAGAAGCGAGUUUGA